UCUCGUGGGCGGGAACUGCUCUGCCCUUGAUACUGAAGUCUCCUCCUCCUCUGCAAGCUGUUUGCUUAAUAAUUCUCGUGGGGUGAUGCCCUGUUACUAACGCAAUAAAGCUCCUGGAUGCAAUCCACGGCACAAUGCAUGGAUCAUUUUCAUCGGACAGACCCACUACUACUUUCUCCUCCCCUCUCGCACUGUGUCAUUACCAGCCAACUGCUGCCUGUCUGAGCUGCCUGUCGGCGUGUAACCAGCAUCCCAUGAUGGUGGCAUUCAAAGGAAUCUGGACCAAGGACUUCUGGAGGGCUGUCUCAGCUGAGUACCUAGCCACCAUGAUCUUCGUCCUCCUCAGCCUGGGUUCCACCAUCAAUUGGGCGGCCGAGUCAGACAACCCUCCCCCUGCAGACCUGGUCCUCAUCUCAUUUUGCUUCGGGCUGGCCAUUGCCACAAUGGUGCAGUGCUUUGGUCACAUCAGCGGUGGCCACAUCAACCCGGCAGUCACUGCAGCCAUGGUGGUGACCCGGAAGUUGAGCCUGGCCAAGGGUGUGUUCUACCUAGCUGCCCAGUGCCUGGGAGCGAUCACUGGGGCAGGGCUCCUCUACCUGGUGACACCAGUGUCUGUCAGAGGGGGCCUGGGAGUGACUAUGGUGAACCCCAAGCUCAACGUGGGCUGCGGCCUGUUGGUGGAGCUCCUGAUCACCUUUGAGCUGGUCUUCACGGUGUUCGCCACCUGUGACCCCAAACGCUCUGACGUUAACGGCUCGGCUGGCCUCGCCAUCGGAUUCGCUGUAGCCAUCGGUCAUCUGUUCGCAAUUCCAUAUACAGGAGCCAGUAUGAACCCCGCUCGCUCCUUUGGGCCUGCAGUCGUCACCAUGAACUUUGAGAACCACUGGGUGUACUGGGUUGGUCCAAUCCUGGGUGGCAUAAUGGCGGCUGCCCUCUAUGAAUACCUGUUCUGCCCUGACCCUGAGCUGAAGAAGAUACUCCGCAAAGUCUUCCAGAAGGAUCCAGCUUCGGGGAAGUACAGGGAGGUGGAGGGCGGUAUGUACCAGGGGGAACCAGACGACCUGAUCAUCAAGCCAGGCUCCAUCCACCAUAUCGACCUGGAGAAGGGGGAGAAGAAGGACCCUUUCCUGGACUCGACGGGCGAGGUGCUGUCCUCUGUAUGACUACCACGGGCACUGGAGAGGGAGACCAACCUAUAGAGCAGGGGGAGAUCCAGAGAGAGACACUUUGAUUCUGGGUCCUCCACCCCUGUACCCAUACCAUAAGCCCCAUACCCCAUGUCCCCAUACCUAAACCCACACAGACUCACUUCUCAGGCAGAAUAGGAUUGGUGCAUUUCCUCUCAAUGCAUGUGUAUUAUUGUAUAUGGUGGUGAGCCUUCCUCAACAUUUGUGAAGUAACUGGAUAAUAUACACUACCGUUCAAAAGUUUGGGGUCACUUAGAAAUGUCCUUGUUUUUGAAAGAAAAACACAUUUUUUGUCCAUAAAAAUAACAUCAAAUUGAUCAGAAAUACACUGUAGACAUUGUUCAUGUUGUAAAUGACUAUUGUAGCUGGAAACGGCAGAUUUUUAACGGAAUAUCUACAUAGCCGUACAGAGGCCAAUUAUCAGCAAUCAUCCCUCCAAUGGCACGUUGUGUUAGCCAAUUCAAGUUUAUCAUUUUAAAAGGCUAAUUGAUCAUUGGAAAACCCUUUUGCAAUUGUGUUAGCACAGCUGAAAACUGGUGUAGCAUGUUGUGUUAGCCAAUCCAAGUUUAUAAUUUUAAAAGGCUAAUUGAUCAUUAGAAAACCCUUUUGCAAUUGUGUUAGCACAGCUGAAAACUGUUGUUCUGAUUAAAGAAGCAAUAAAACUGGCCUUCUUUAGAAUAGUUCAGUAUCUGGAGCAUCAGCAUUUGUGGGUUCGAUUACAGGCUCAAAAUGGCCAGAAACAAAGAACUUUCUUCUGAAACUCGUCAGUCUAUUCGUGUUCUGAAAAAUUAAGGCUAUUCCAUGUGAGAAAUUGCCAAGAAACUGAAGAUCUGUUACAACUCUGUGUACUACUCCCUUCACAGAACAGCGCAAACUGGCUCUAACCAGAAUAGAAAGAGGAGUGGGAGGCCCCGGUGCACAACGGAGCAAGAGUACAAGUACAUUAGAGUGUCUAGUUUGAGAAACAGACGCCUUACAAGUCUUCAACUGGCAGCUUCAUUUAAUAGUACCCGCAAAACACCAGUCUCAAUGUCAACAGUGAAGAGGCAACUCCGGGAUGAUGGCCUUCUAGGCAGAGUUCCUCUGUCCAGUUUCUGUGUUCUUUUGGCCACCUUAAUCUUUUCUUUCUAUUGGCCAGUCUGAGAUAUGGCUUUUUAUUUGCAACUCUGUCUAGAAGGCCAGCAUCCCAAAGUCACCUCUUUACUGUUGCCCACAAAUGCUGAUGCUCCAGAUACUCAACUAGUCUAAAGGCCAGUUUUAUUGCUUAUUUUAUCAAGACAACAGUUUUCAGCUCUGCUAAAAUAUUUGCAAAAAUGGUUUUCUAAUGAUCAAUUAGCCUUUUAAAAUGACAAACUUGGAUUAGCUAACACAACGUGCCAUUGGAACACAGAAGUGAUGGUUGCUGAUAAUGGGCCUCUGUACGCCUAUGUAGAUAUUCCAUUAAAAAAAUCUGCCAUUUCCAGCUACAAUGGUCAUUUACAACAUUAACAAUGUCUACACUGUAUUUCUGAUAAAUUUGAUGUUAUUUUAAUGGACAAAAUGGCCUUUUCUUUCAAAAACAAGGACAUUUCUAAGUGACCCCAAACUUUUGAACGGUAGUGAAACUUUGCACGCUGCUCACCCUAACCAAUUACCCAUCAUGUGAAAUCUAUUGAUCUCCACAAUCUUGUCCCAUCAUUAUCUGUCCCAGCUCUGUUUGCUUGUGGCACUCUGCUGCACUGCAGAGUGAUAACAAAAGACUACAUUUCUGUCAGGGAAAAAUGUCCAGGUCAACCAAUUACAUGGGGUCAUGACACUGAAUUGGUAAACCACAGAGGAAACAUCAAGCUUAUUAUUUUUGGAUUAGUGUCACAUAUUGAAUAUGAAUACGAUGGCAUACGAGAUCUUAACUAUGUAUGGUUGUUAAGCACAUUAUAGAACUCAUGUUGUGAAGGAAAAGUUCUACCGAACAUUUACAAUCUUCAGCCCACUCCUAUAUUGUUUGUAUUUAUUUUCCAUUUUCAAUGCACAUUGGUCAGGGAAAAAACUAUUAAACUUUACCUGUUUAUUUCUUUGUAGAAACAUAUGUCUUAAAACAGAUUUUAAUUCCCAAGCAACAGAUAAGACAAACCAUCAGAUAUCAGUUAUAGAUUUGGAUUUUCAUAACCAUAAGCAGAAAAUAGAAUCAGCUCUUUUGAUAUAUUUGGAAUGAUUGCAUUAUUAUUAUUGACUGUAUUUUCAUACUGAAAUUAUUAUUGUACGUACUUAUGAAGUGGUGUGCCUGCUUUACAUUGCUUGGUCUUGAAAACCAAGGAUCCAUGAGGGAAAUGCUUGCCUCCAUACCAACCACUCUGGAUUUGAGUAUUGCAUAGAUUUUAAUGUUAGAAUUGAAUACUUGAAAACUGCACCUUGCUGCAGUUUUUGUUGAUUUUAAAUUUCAUGAAAUAA